AUGGAUCAGUGGCAUAACAAGGAAGAUGCACAGCUGUUCCUGCAGUUGGUGGCGACACUGCGCCCAGCGCGUGUCGACCUCACUGUAACACUGGAUCGGGAUGACUUGGAGGGAGAGGGGGAGGGUGAGCAGGGAGACAAUGCAUCUGGGCUCCAUGCAGCCCGUUCAUUCGCGUGGGAGUGCUACGUUCGUGUCAAAGCGCUCUACACCAUGACGGGCGGCUCAUGUGAGCAAAUCGAUGUGGGAGAGUACCGUCUUGCCAUGCAGCUGGCCGCCAAGUGA